AUGCGCCGCGCGAAUCUGAACACCCGACGUCCGUCCCUCUGGGCGCCCCUCCCUCCCUCCCUCCGCAGGGACUCGACCGUGCGAGACGAGCGCGACGACUCGUUCAUCACGCACGACAGCUCCAGCUCCAGCUCCAGCUCCAGCUCGGACGACGACGAGGAGGCCGUCCGCGGCGGCGUCCUCGCCGGCGACGUCUCGGUGCGCGGCGCGCCUCGUUCGAUCGAACGAAUCACACGUCGAUCGAUCUCCUCCGCGGUUCCUCCGUCGCCCGCCGUCGCUUCAUUCUUCCCCCCCACCCCGACGCUCACGCUCGCGUCCCCCUCCACGUCUGUCUCGAUCGCGUCGUCGCCGCAGGACACGGACAGCGAGCGCGGCGACGAUGCCGCGGCGCCGCGCGCCGCGCGCGAGGAGGAGCGAUCGCCGAUGCUCCCGCGACGCGGCGGCGAGACGAGGACGAGGAAGCGCGACCGCAAGAACGUCGCGUCGUGGCUCGCGUCCGGGCUCGAGAACGCGUCGUCCGACGACGACGACGACGACGACGUCACGCGAGGAAACGACGCGGAAGCGACGCGACGCAGAGCGAAUCGCGAAGCCGGCGCGCCGAUCGCCGUUCGAGAUGGAAAUGGAAAUCGAAAUCGAAAUCGAUUCGCCGACCACCCCGGCAACGCCGCCGCCGACCCGACGCUGCGCGCGCGUCGGCACGGGCACAAACAGAAGCGUCGCGCGUCGCGACGCGACGUCGAGGGCGCCGCGGAGAAGGCGAACCGGCGCGAGACGAGGGAGACGAAGCGACGCCUGGCGAGACGCCGCGCGUACGCGCCGGCGUCGGCGGCGCUCGUCGCGAGACUCGCCGCGAUGUAUUUCGCGUUCGUCGUGAUCGUCCUCGCGGACGUCUUCGCGACCGCGAUGGCGUGCUACGUCAACCCGGGCGCGCACGUCAUGAACGACGGCGCGGACGCGACGUGGACGGCGUUUUGUCUGAUGGCGCUGAUCGGCGCGCCGGCGAUGGCGGCGCAUCUCGCCGGGUGGUAA